AUGCCAGCGCCGCCGGGCUCAGCAGCCGCCCGCCGGGGCCCCGCGGACAGCCAGCCCGCCGCGGGGCAGCGCCGCCCGCUCCGCCGCCCGCAUCCUCCGCUGUCCUCGCCGCCGACGCUGGUGACAGAGGUCCGGGGGAUUGCUGCCGAUCUGCGGGGCGGAGAGCAAGCACGGGAGGUCAACGGCGCCCGCCCCAGCGGUCCCGUCCCUCCCCGCCUCCCCGGGCUCUGCCCGCCCGACCCCGCGGUCUGCCCUGAGCUCCUGGGAGCGCCCGUCGUCCCCGUCCCCGCGGGGGUGGAUCACGGCAGCGCCCCGGGAACCGCGCGUCCUUGGGGACGGCACAUGGAUUUACAUAAGAGCUGGGGCGGCCUCGGCCAGAGCGCGACCCUUUUAUUUGGCGCCGGAUGCGACAGCCAAAGCUUGUUGUUACUGCAGCUCCUCUCUCCUUCUUCUUCCACUGUCAGUCCCCCAUGGCCACAGCUUCCUUCACUGCAGCUCUGGCACUCACCUCAAUGCUCAGUAAGCUGAAUAAACUCACUGAGGCAGCAGAAAACCAA